GAGAGACAGAGAGAGAGAGUGUGAGAGAGAGAAUAUUUCCCUGAGAGGAAACAACUUUUGUUAGGAUAUUAAGCAAUAGUAUGGUUAGAUGAGGAGAUGCACAAAAACAAGCACACAGAAAAAGAGGACAUGGUUAGGGCAAGACUGAAAUGAAAAGUAGGAACCUAGUAUAGUAAAUUUUUACCAGCAGGGUGCUUGCAAGGACUUCUGGCAUUUUCAUAGUACACUCAGACAUUCGUCUAAUGACAUGGACUUCAGUAUCUUCAUCCUUCUCACCAGCUUUCAAGGUAUUAACAGCAUCUCUACAGUAGACAAGGUAACCGUAAGAAAAGGAGAGUCAUUCAUCCUCCCAUGUCAGUACAAGGCAGAGUAUAUAUAUAAUAAGAAGAUCUUAAGAAGGAAACAGGGCGGUUGGAGGGUUAUUGUGGACAGCAAAUCUUCGUCAGACAGAUUUUCGAUGUCAGAUGACCCAGACCAAAGAGUCUUCACUGUGAAAAUAACAAACAUGAGAAAGGCUGAUGAAGGCCUCUACCGAUGUGAAAUUGAACCGAGAUCGAUGGAUGAAUACAAGAAUGUCUACAUAUCAGUUACUGGUUCUCCAAGACUCUAUGUUCACAGUCAAAGUGUAACCGGAUAUAUGGAUGAGAGCAUCACCAUCAAAUGUUACUACAAGUUGAAGAUAAGAAGAAAGAACUGGUGCAACAUUGAUGACCGCUGCAAUGCUAGAUCUUUAGAUGGAAUGUCUGUGGAAGUGAGGCAUGAUGAUUAUGAGGAUGGUGAUGAUGAUGAUGAUGAGGAUGAGGAUGCCAGAAGGGGAGUGCUCAGAGUGACUCUGGGAGGUCUGCAGAUGAGGCACACUGGCUGGUACUACUGCUCUGUGGGAAAAUUACAGAUGCCUGUGCACCUCACAGUCGGACAGAGGGCAACUACUCAGAAGACAACAACACAGCCUGCAAACAACACAACCACCACCAGGACAACCACCACCACUGGUAGACAAGGUAAUUCUGACUAG